GUUUAAAACUUCAGGAGAUGGCGCGGAAAGUUGUCACACCACCACACAGCGCAGCUUUCACUUUAUAGAAGUCUUAUAUCCAUGUUAAUUGAGUUACACCGGCAUAACCAGCCAUGAGUGUGUUGGAGGUGAAGUUUAUCGGUGAUGGAGAUGCUCUGGAGCACAUCGUGGACAAACAGGAGGGUGGGCAAAGCAACAGUGGAGCUGUUCAGAAGAUGGUGAAGUUUAAAAGUCCAGCUGGAAAACGAGUCCUAGAGGAUGAGGAUCAUGAUGGAGAUGAAAAUGGACUUUUGGAUGAGCAGAACUACAUCCAAGCUCUAGGAACAAACAAUGCAGAGGAGGAUGAAGAGGGUUUGUCCAGAGUGGCUGGAGCCUCCAUUUUCACCUUUCAGAAAGUCAGACGAGGACACAGCAUGGCCCAGACGGCUAACGAGUUGGCCCGGACACCUGCGAAAAGUGUGACAUUCAGCAAGACGCCCAAAGCAGAGCCCUCUACUCCCACCCGGACUGGCCGCAACAAAGGAGCCGAGAGCAGGACACCACAGAGGAGCAAGAAAGUUCAGUUUGUCUCCACGACUCCACACAGGUUGAGGAAGAGGAUAACAACUCCAAGCCUCCGUUCAGACAGCGAUAGUGAGCUGUCGCCUUCUGACUCCGGGGAGGACGAGGAAGAUGAGGAGAAAGUGGAGAAAGAAGACAAGGAGAACCUGAAGACUCCAGUAAAGAACUCUAAAAGUUUAUCUGCAUCUCUCUACAAAACUCCUGGCAAGAAGAGCAAAAUUUCUGAACCCCUGAACCAGCCGAGUAUGGUGGAGGAGUAUUUUGAAGCUCAUGGCAGCUCAAAGGUCCUGACGUCAGACCGCACACUGGAGCGUUUGCAUACGCCUAAACUGGACAGGGAGACAUUGGUGCAGCUGUUAGAGGGGAAACCAUCCUGCUACUCCAGAGAGAUUCAGCAGCUCAACAACAAACACAGGAAGCACUUUAACAAGUGGAUGCUGCAGUUACAGUUGGGAUUCAGUGUAGUCGUCUACGGUUUGGGAAGUAAAAAGUCUCUGCUGGAGGAUUUCCGUGCGUCUCACUUAGCUCAAGAAAUCCACCUUGUGGUCAACGGCUUCUUCCCCUCCAUUACCCUCAAAUCAAUCUUGAACGCUCUGACAUGUGAGGUUCUGGAGCACCAGGGAAGUUUCCGGACUCCGUCAGAUCAGAUCCAGUACAUCACUCAGACUCUUAAAGACGACCCAGACCUACAUAUUUACCUGCUCAUCCACAAUAUCGAUGGACCGAUGCUGCGAGGAGAGAAGACCCAGAGUGCACUGGGGCAGCUGGCAUCACUGCCCAACCUGCACUUGGUGGCUUCUUUAGACCACAUUAACGCCCCUCUGGUAUGGGACCAGUUUCAGCAGAGUCAGUUUAACUGGUUAUGGUGGGAGUGUGUGACCUUCCAGCAUUAUGCCGAGGAGACGUCAUAUGAAAACUCUCUCUUGGUUCAGCAGACUGGCGCCCUCGCUCUGUCCUCACUCACGCACGUGCUGCGCAGCUUGACGCCCAAUGCAAGAGGAAUUUUCAAACUGCUGGUGAACUUUCAGCUGGAAAACAAAGACAAUCCUUCGUACACAGGACUGUCCUUCCAAGAUUUCUAUCAGCGUUGUCGAGAGGCGUUCUUGGUGAACUCAGACCUCACGCUGAGGACUCAGCUGACUGAGUUCAGAGAUCACAAACUGAUCCGGACCCGUAAGGGUGCAGAUGGAGUGGAGUACUUGCUGGUGGCUGUGGAUGCAAGCACACUGAUGGAUUUUUUGGAGAACGAGGAGGGGGACUGAGAGGAGACGGCUUUGGUCUUGAUCACUUCCACAUCACUGACAGACUCAGCUUCAGCAUAGAUAUUUUGGUUAAUCCCCAGCACAGGGAAGGCUGAAUAUAAGAUGACCUAUAUCACAUAUCCAUACCACAUGACUUAAGCCAACUUACAGGCUCUCAACAGUUUGAAUAAAUUAAUUAUUGGUGUAAUAUUGAGACUUUUAAGAAAUCUCCCUGUAGUACUGUGACAUUCACUUUUGCUUUGGUCUUCGUGUUUUUUGAUAACUCUGUAAAUAAAAAUCAACUUGUAGAGUUA